AUGGCAUCCAAGUUCUCAUCCCUGUUUAUUGCAUCCCAGCUGCAGUUGGAUGCUGAGCGCAAGGUUUCCGAUGAUGGCGGCAAACUCGAGGGUCUGGAGGGCCUCCCACUUGAGAUUAUCUUCGACAUUUACCAGCAACUUGACGUUCGCAGCAUUUUUUCUUUGGCAAAAGUCAACACACUGUUCCAUGGACUGCUAAAGAAGAACAGGGCAGUCAUUCUGCUACCAGUUUUACAGCGGGAGUUUAAUCCAUUUGACGAGCUUCUCCAGGUCUACACGGCAUCGGAUCAGGAUUUAGGCCAGUACGGUGACACUUUCCAGCCCCGACGAGUAGUUUUCAGGCGCUUUCCAGGCGACGUGUCAGGAGUUACUCUGUCACAGGGUGGCAUCCGUUCAGAUUCUGCGCCAUCUCCCGAGCAGGUUCUGUUUACCAGAAUUCUCACCAACGGCAAGUCGCUGUCUGCGACUACACUACCGGCGCCACGAUCAGUCGCCGUCAAUGACCGUGAUUUUGACUCCUUGCUCAAGUAUUGCCUAGUAGUCAGACGGUGGGAAGAGCUCUUUCCUCAACUUCACUGGUUUUCAAACCCAGAAGACUGUCGUCAACUCAAGGAUACAGAAAAGUUCAGAUUCCGCAGGGCUCUCUACCGCUGGUGGCUGUACGCCUUUUACUUUCACGGCGAGCUUCCUCGACCUAGAGGUGGCCAUCCUGAGGCAUUUGUCAACGACGUACGAAUCAGCCAAAUGAGACUCUACCCUUCGACGGAGCUGAUGGAGCUGAAAGACCUUUUCACCUCUGUGAAGCAGCUUGUGCGACAUUAUGUUUAUCCAAACCUAGAGCAAAACCUGGAGCCUAUCCAAGACAUGAGCUCCUUAGAUCGAAUGAUUGAGAACACCAUUCGCGAGCGAAUCGUAGAUACCUACGCAAAGCUCGACCCGCGAGAUCUCAUGUUUUAUUUUGAAAAUCUGUUCAACUAUCCUAGGAAGCGUCUUGUAACGGAUGUGAACCUUAGGCACCCCAACUUCUCUCGAGAUCAAGAAUCACUCGAGGCAGCCGUGCAGGCCGUAGUGGAUGAGCGCCCGUGGCUCUACGAGGUCGAUGACUUGAGUACUGUGGGAGGUAUCGUUGAUGUCAACAAAGAAUGUGAGGAUCGCCUCAACAAUGACGGUAGUCAUGACGCGAUUGGGCGCCUCCUGGAGAUGAUGGCCGAACUCUUGCUGAGCGAGAUCAUUUCCAUCGGUACGCGCGGCGCGUGUUAG